UCAGCCCUCUGACCCGAUCGGGGCCGGCCCGCCGGUGUCAUGGCUGCCCCCAGCUCCGCGAGCGGCCGCUGAGCGAGGUCGCGCCCGCUGUCUCGCGGGGCCCAGGCGGAACACCGGGCUUUCCAGGUCCGAGAGCCCAGCCUCCCGUCUGCUCUGAGGACGAUGGAUCCUUCUAUGGAUACAUGGGACCUCUCCUCACCUUUGAUAUCACUAUGGAUAAACAGGUUUUACAUUUACUUGGGCUUUGCCUUUAGCAUUAGCCUUUGGAUUUGUGUCCAGAUUGUCAUCAAGAGGCAGGACAGGAACUUACAGGAAAACUCUUUUCCAAAAGCAACUCAGGAUUUGAUGACAAAUGGUUUUGUAUCCCUUCACAAGAAAGACAUCUUUGUGUCUGGAGUGAAAAUUUUCUAUGGAUCUCAGACUGGUACAGCAAAGGGAUUUGCGGCAGUUCUUGCUGAAGCGGUUGUGCCCCUGGAUCUGCCUGUGGCAGUUAUUAAUCUAAAAGAAUAUGAUCCGGAUGAUUGUCUGAUAGAAGAGGCUACUGGUAAAAACGUCUGUGUCUUCCUGGUGGCGACAUACACUGAUGGCCGACCAACUGAAAGUGCAGAGUGGUUCUGCAAAUGGUUAGAGGAAGCGUCCCGUGAUUUUCGAUUCGGCAAAACUUACCUGAAGGGUAUGAGAUAUGCGGUGUUUGGCUUGGGAAAUUCUGCCUAUGCUAGCCACUUCAACAAGGUCGGCAAAAACGUUGACAAGUGGCUCUGGAUGCUUGGUGCGCAUCGCGUGGUGAGUCGAGGGGAGGGUGAUUGCGAUGUGGUUAAAAGCAAGCACGGCAGCAUCGAGGCGGACUUCGGAGCCUGGAAGACCACGUUCAUCUCCCAGCUGCAGGCACUUCAAAACGGGGAGGGCAGGAAGUCCUGUGGCGGCCACUGCAAGAAAGGCAAAUGUGACUCUCACCAACACGGCUCAGAGGAGAGGGAGGACGGCCGUGAGGAGCAGGAUGAAUCACGUCACAGAGAUGCCGAGGAGGAAGAACCCUACGAGGGCUCCAGUGAAGAAGAGUUUGGCGGUGAGGACCAGCAGAGUGUAAAUUCCAUUGUUGAUGUGGAAGAUCUGGGCAAAAUAAUGGAUCAUCUGAAGAAAGAAAAGAGAGAAAAGGAAGAGCAGGAAGAGAAGACUAGUUUGUUUGGGAACAUGGGGAGAAACGAAGAUGGUGAGAGAAGAGCUAUGAUAACUCCUGCUCUCCGAGAAGCCCUUACUAAACAAGGUUAUCAGUUGAUUGGGAGCCACUCUGGGGUGAAGCUUUGCAGGUGGACAAAGUCGAUGCUCCGAGGGAGAGGAGGUUGUUACAAACACACGUUCUAUGGAAUUGAGAGCCAUCGCUGCAUGGAAGCCACCCCGAGCUUGGCAUGUGCUAAUAAAUGUGUCUUCUGUUGGCGGCACCACACCAACCCUGUGGGCACUGAAUGGCGAUGGAAGAUGGACCAGCCUGAAAUGAUCUUGAAGGAAGCCAUCGAAAACCAUCAGAACAUGAUUAAGCAGUUUAAAGGAGUCCCGGGUGUCAAAGCAGAGCGCUUUGAAGAAGGAAUGACGGUAAAGCACUGCGCACUGUCCCUCGUGGGAGAGCCAAUCAUGUACCCAGAGAUCAACAGCUUUUUGAAGUUACUCCACCAGCGUAAAAUCUCCAGUUUCCUGGUGACAAAUGCACAGUUCCCUGCAGAAAUCAGGAACCUGAAGCCAGUUACUCAGCUGUAUGUCAGUGUGGAUGCCAGCACCAAAGAGAGUCUGAAGAAAAUCGACCGCCCACUCUUCAAGGAUUUCUGGCAGAGAUUCCUUGACAGUUUAAAAGCCUUGGCAGCGAAGCAACAACGAACUGUCUACAGACUGACGCUUGUGAAAGCGUGGAACGUGGACGAGCUCCAGGCCUACGCGCAGCUCGUGUCCCUGGGGAAUCCCGACUUCAUCGAAGUGAAGGGUGUUACCUACUGUGGAGAAAGUUCAGCAAGCAGUCUUACCAUGGCCCACGUGCCCUGGCAUGAGGAAGUGGUACAGUUUGUCCUCGAGCUGGUGGAUCUGAUCCCCGACUAUGAAAUUGCAUGUGAACACGAACACUCUAAUUGCCUCCUGAUAGCGCACAAAAAGUUUAAGGUUGGUAGUGAAUGGUGGACCUGGAUCAAUUAUAACCGCUUCCAGGAGCUCGUCGAGGAAUACGAAGACAGCGGUGGAUCAAAGGCAUUCAGCGCAAAGGAUUAUAUGGCCAGAACUCCUCACUGGGCAUUAUUUGGUGCCAGUGAAAGAGGCUUUGAUCCCAAGGAUACAAGACAUCAGAGAAAGAACAAAUCAAAGGCUGUUUCUGGAUGUUGAGAUUAUCUGAUUUCAGGGUACUGAAGGAGAAAAACUUGGAUGGCCCCAAAAGGUCCUUGAACACCACUGUGAUUCUUCCGAGGACGAGUUACGUAAACUAUACCUUCGUGCACAGGAGACAACAAGACAAUAAACACGGAGACACGGAGGCCUGGGACACAGCGUGGAUGUUUUUUUCAGAUCUCAACCCCUUUCCCGAUUUUACUUCUAAAAGGAAAAUGAUUUUGGGGGGAACCACACCGUCGCUGUUAGAAUUUAACUGACAGUUUUGAAUUAUAACGUUUAAGACCUGCCAGAAUGCUCGUCCCGAGAGCAGCAGACGAGGAAGAAACGCCUGGGCCUCUUCCUCUUCCCUGGCCCUUGGCCUUUCAUGCAGUAGCUACCUAGCAUUGACCUGCAGUACCCUGAGCUAAACUUAACAUCUGCUCCUGCAAAGAUAAAAGCUUGAUCCCUUUCUUCGAUCUUAAGACAGCACCUCCUGAAAGAAUCUAGGUUGUCGCAACUCGGCUAUUUUUAAAUACCGCAUCGAUUGAGUUUUGGCUUGUCACCGACACUUCACGAAAUUGCGUUGGAUCUAAAACUGUGCUAGACCUCAUCCCAUUCCCGUGUGAAUUACCACGGACCACAGGGCGCAGCACGGCCGUCUGCUGUCGGAGGAGCUGCGCGCUGGGGCCCGUAGCCUGCCUUCCCCGGCGCGCUUUGCGCUGAGCAGGAUCGUUGGCCUUUCGUGUAGGAGGUCCCCGUGCAGGCCUCACGGCGUGACGCGACGGCGGGCGGGUCUCCAUCCUCGUUCACUCCCGUGGCCCCCGCCGCUUUCCACGGUCUGCUCUUUAAGCUUCAAGUGUUUUCAAGUCGGAGAGGUCAGAAACACUCAGAAUUGUUUUCAAGUUACCAAGUUCUUUUACCAGUCUUUUAUGCAAAAGCUGAAUUAAUAAAAUAAUCUUU